ACCUGCAACUUGGACUGGAAAUAAAAACGAACUCGAGAACGGAUUUUAUUUAAACAGGCCCGGUGUAGGAUGUGUCGGUAGCAGCACGUGUUCAUUUAAAGAGAACUAACGUUAUCCUUCCCCGCUCCCCUUAGAGAUCACAAUGAAUGAAUAUGAGCAAGCAGUGCCCCAGAAGGAGCAGAACAGGUAUCAGCUCAACCUGGACGUCAGGAAAAAAAACGUAUUUGUGACCCAACUUGAAGAAGGAAGGGAUGAAGAGGAUGAAAACGUUACACAGAUUCCUGUUAUUAAGGAGGCCGCUAGCAAAAUUUUAGAUACCAGCAAAAACACAUUGCAGAAAACGUUAAUUCUGAAGAAAGAAGUUGAGUAUGACCGAGUCAGCGAGGAACUACUCAAUAAAAGGCGAGAGAUUAAUGAACGGAUGCAGGAAUUGGAUGUGAGGAAGGAAGAAUAUGAACAGAAGCAGAUUGAGUGCAUGGAGAAAGCUGUCAAAUAUGAGAAGUUCCUUAAAGAUGGUGAGGCCAAAAGAAGACGGACAAUUAUAAAGUACCAAACAGAGGCGAGACAGAAUGAAUUAAGGCAAAUGGAGAUAGCUGAAUUGACGGCACAGCUAGAAAUAAAACGAAACAGACAACAUAAACUGCAUGAAAGAGUGGCAAAGAACAAAAUCUAUGACGAUUACUUAAUGAGAAUUGUUGAUAAUGUUCCAGAAAAUUAUCUGGAAUACGGAGUUGACUCUCCAGUAAAAGCCAUUAUGAGACGCUAUGAAACGCUCUCCCUCACCAACGAGAGUUUAGUGAACAACCUCACAAGUCUGUCCGAUGAACAGGAGAAAAAACAGCACUUUCUAGAGAUGCUGAAGCGACAGCACGACACUUCAAAGCUAAUGAUGAACAGUGAGCUGUCUGAGUUACAGAUAAAAUAUGACACCAUACAGGAAAAAAACAAACAGCUAGAACUGAAUUUCAACCUGGACAAAAGUCAGUACAGAAACCAGAGCACUGAAGUUGCAAGCCUGUUGUUAGCGAUUGCUAACCUUGCUGAGCAGUGCCAUAUGAAAUACUAUGGGCCUAUUGCCAAAGUAGAGAUGUUACAAAAACUUGACAUGAUCAAGGAAUACAUUUUGGAAAAAAGCCAAGUUGAAAAACUUGCAAGCAAUCUUUCUGAAAUGAGAUUUUCAAUGACUAAUCCCAAUGAGCCAGAUACCAAACCCAAAAAAGAAAGCAACAAGGAAUCGCUUAAAAACUCUUCACCUAACACAGCAAAUAUGAACCGACGGAAAAGCAGAGUAUCUAACAUGGGCUCAAAAAUGGAAUGA